AUGGAGGAGCAGCCACUAGUCCACCACCCUCCGGAGUACUACGACAACCUUAUGAACGGCGCCGAUUACUGCGAGAGAAUCAUGUCGGAACCUAUGCCUCCGGGCAUGAGGUUUCUCCCCACCGACGUCGAAUUAGUGCGAGUUUACCUGAGACACAAACUCAUCGUCGGAUCAUUGCCACAAGGGUUUCAGAAGCUUUUUCUUGAUGUCGCGUUGUACCAACACAACCCUCAACAACUCAUCGCGAUGCAUGAAAAAUUGGAGGACGAUCAAGAAGAUUGGUACUUCUUCACGCCAAGAAUCCGCAGAUACCCGAACGGGCAACGGCCGGAGAGGACGGCAGGCGACGGGUAUUGGAAGGCGAUCGGGAAAGAUACACCAGUAGUGGAGAACGACGGCGAGGUGAUAGGGUUCAAGAGGGUUUUGGAUUUCUACGAGGGAAGGCAUCCCGGCGGCGUUAAAACGGAAUGGAAGAUGCAUGAAUACUUGACCAAAGAGCAGAAGGAUCACACGCCUGCCUCAACUUCUAUGCAGUUGAACCAGUGGGUUCUCUGCAAAAUCUAUAAGAAUAAAAGAUCGGGAAAGAAGAGAAAGUCGAGUAUGGAUCAUGUCGAAGACGACGACGAUUUUUUUUCUUUUGAUUUUCCAAUGUAA